UUCUUGUUUUCGUUUUGGUGUCGCUGAUGAUCGUUUGCCGUCGUACGAUCUGUCAGUGUAUCAUAGCAACAAAAUGCCGCCUAAAAACGGAAAUAAUGCCGCUUUUGAGAUAAAUCACGAAAUUCGUUCUGUGUAUGAAUAUUGCCUCGCAGCAGGUCUUACUCAUGAAGAAAUUGUGGAGAAAGCAAGGCCUCUUUUACAACCGAUUCAAAUCGACGAAUGGAAGCGAGCAUUGCUGAUGAUUUUGAAGAUCAGCAUAUGUUGCAUAGCGCUGUCAUACACUCUCGCAUCUGACACCAUUUCCAGAUCAAUACUUACACAAGGGAGGCAUUUCAUGUUUAAGCUGCUACCUAUGUGGGAUUGGACGGAUUUAUAUUCAGAAACUUGUUUGCUGGACAAUCCAUUUUAUUUAGAUGAGGAAAUCUAUGUUGUUGACUGCCAAACAUGUGAAGAUGUAUAUGAUGUUGAUUAUUUAAACUGGACAUCUUCUGAGGAAAUAUCACAGCUUUAUCUGCAAAGAAAUAUCCCUGUAAUUGUGAGAGAUGCAAUGGCUGAUUGGCCUGUCAUGAAAAGCUCUUUCUCAAUUCUUAAUUUGACAGAUGAAUUCUAUCAUUUGCAAGAAGAUAUUUGUAUGUUUCAGUCAAAUUUACGACUCGGGAAUCAUAAUCAGUUAUUUGAAAAAUUGCUUAAACAGGAUUUACAAAAGUGGUAUGCUCACUGGGAGAACUGCGAGAAAUCUACUCAAAAGCUCAUGAGGAAGUUUUAUACUAGACCUUACUUCAUGCCUAGUACUGUGCAGAUGACAGAGUCGAACUGGGUUUUUAUGUCAUCAGGUUACAAUGGCAAAAAGUUCAAAAAGGUCGAUGCUAUGCCAUCUAUUACUGUGAUGUGGGUUGCACAAGUGUGGGGAUACAACAGGAUACAAUUCACGCCAAAAAAACCUUGUAACAGUAUAUGUAAUACAUUGGAAGAUACUUUGGAGGAAGGAGAAAUUGUAUUAUUCAGUCCAGCUAUGUGGAGUUUAUCUUAUUUACCUGGAGAUGGAACUGAAAAUCUUGCUAUAGGAGCUGGAGGCUUUUCACAUUUUUCUUAAAUUUUAAAUCCAUAAAAGUACUUAUCUGAGAAACACACAAGAUCUUUAUUCAAUCUUCAUUAUUUACACAUCUAUAUUCCAAUGAUAUAUACAUAUGAAUAAAUAGAUGGAACUAUGCA